GGAAGUCUCGCGAGAACGAACGGCGGCGACUGCCCUUGGGUGCGGGGAGACGGUCGGGUGUGCGGUGCGGGGCCAGGGGUGCGCGGUCAUGGUGCAGACGCUUCUUCAGCAAUACCGGGACAUUCCCGAUGGCACCGAGUGCCACCGCAAGACCUACGCCAGUACCACACUGAGUGGUGCCGCUGGCCUGAUCUUCUCCGCCUACAGUGUCACGCUGCAGCCGCCAGAUUCCUUCCUGGAGGGAGUGGCGAGGACAGGGCGAUACACAUUUACUGCAGCCGCCAUCGGUGCCAUAUUUGGCCUCACCUCCUGCAUCAGUGCCCAGGUCCGAGAGAAGCCCGACGACCCCCUCAACUACUUCAUCGGAGGCUGUGCCGGAGGCCUGACCCUGGGAGCGCGCACUCACAGCUAUGGGAUCGGAGCCGCCGCGUGUGCGUACAUGGGCACGAUCGCCGCGUUGGUCAAGAUGGGCCAGCUGGAGGGCUGGAAGGUGUUUGCAGCACCCAAGGUGUGAGCCCCGCCGCCUCCCGGGUCCCCGGCCAGGUUGAAAUGCGACGAGAAAUAAAUUCUGUGCAUACUGGUG